AUGCUUAUUCGCCUUGAACCGUUUUAUAUGAUGAAUGUAAUUUUAUAUAUUCAACCCAGUGAUAUCAAAAGUUUUGAAUUUGUGAGUACUAAGUGCCACACUGCAAUAGAGAUGAUGCACACAAACCCAGUCACAACCACUGAAGUAGCAGUAACUUCACUUCUCAAAGUCUUCCCAAAGUUACACACACUUCAAAUCACAUCAGAAGCACUUCUAAAAGUCACCAAAGAAACUCUUCAGAACAUCAACAAGAUUCAAUUAGUCGACAGAGAUUUCUUUAUUGCUGGCGAUUUUUUAGAGAAGAUGGUCUUCUCCACUCACCUUCCGUUAAAGGAAGACAUCUACCCAUAUCUGAGGAAUUUGACUAUUCCAUCUUCGAGUCUUGUCGACUUUAAAAUGAACGCCGAUAAGUAUCCAAACCUCCAAAUACUCAAAGUGUUGUUUCGUGAAGUUCGAGAAGUUAAAAAGGUCAGCCAAGUGUUGUUGAGUGUCAUCACACUGCUAAGAUUCAAAGUAGUCAUCUCUAUGGAUUUUGUUAUUAAUACUAUCAAUGGAAAUGUUCCAAAGUCGCCACCAAUCACAUUGUAUUACCCAAAUAAACAAAUUAAGACGGUCAAAGUUUCACCACCAAAAGACUUGGCUGUACCAACUGCACCACCACCAGUUAUUCCAAACCCGAAAAUAGUUUAUAACUAUUGUUAUAUUUAA